AACAACAAAACUCCAUCGAACAUGUCAGCAUAUCCACCCCCUCUCAACAUCCUCAUCGUCGGGUGCAGCAUCGCCGGCCCCACGCUCGCCACCUUCCUCCUCCUGUCCCCCCUCCCCGCGUCCCAAAAGCCACACAUCACCAUCCUCGAGCGCGCGCCCGCCCUCCGCCCGCACGGCCAAAACAUCGACGUCCGCGGCGCCGGCGUCACCAUCCUGCGUAAGCUCGGGCUUCUGGACGCCGUCCGCGCCGCCACCACCGGCGAGGCGGGCGUGCAGUUUGUCGACGCCGCGGACCGCGUGUGGGCGGCGUUUCCCGCGGGUCGCAGCAGUGGAGAAGAAGAAGAAACGGCGGCGGCCUCGGCGGCGGCGUCGCCUACGAGUGAAUUUGAGAUCCUCCGCGGGCGGUUCGCGCAGCUGUGCUGGCGGCGCAGCGAGCAGGCGAGCGAGCGCGUGCGGCGGGAAGGCGGCCGGGGCAUCGAGUUUGUGUUUGGCGACCGGCUAGAUGAGCUGGAGCAGCGGGGGGAUAACAAGGUGCACGUUCGCUUUGCCCAAAGCGGCGUCCGGCGCGCCUUUGACGUGGUCGUCGGCGCGGAUGGGCUGCAGUCGCUCACGCGGCAGAUGGCCUGGGGGUGCGAGGGCGAGGGCGAGCGCGUGAAGCGGCUGGGCAUGUACGGCGGCUUCUUCAGCAUGCCGCGCGUGGGGGCCACCGACACGGCGUGGCGGAGAUGGUAUCACGCGCCGGGCCGCCGGGGCAUCAUGCUGCGGCCGGACGGCACGGGCGAGCGGACGACCGUCUUCAUGGCGGUAGUGAAAGACGACGACGACGGAGACGCGAGGUUGGAUGCCGCGGCGACGAGCGGACGAGGAGGCGUGCAGGUGCAAAAGGAGCUCCUGCGGGAGUACUUUGCGGACGCGGGCUGGGAGAGCGAGAGGGUGGUGAGGGAGAUGCUGGCCACCGAUGACUUUUACUACGACGCGAUUGCGCAGGUCAAGAUGGAGAGCUGGAGCAAGGGUCGAGUCGUUCUCGUGGGGGACGCCGGGUACUGCGCAUCGCCCAUCUCCGGCAUGGGCACGACCCUCGCCCUCAGCGGCGCGUACAACCUCGCAGGCGCCCUGCUGCGUCACCCAAGCGACCCGGGGGCCGCCUUCGCCGUCUACGAAGACGCCAUGCGCCCGACGGUGGACCGCGCGCAGAAGCUCGCUCCGGGGAUGCCGCACUUGCUGCACCCGCAGACGGCAUGGGGUGUCUGGAUGCUCAACGCAAUCAUGUUCGUCCUCUAUCGGUCCGGACUGCUCCCGCUGCUCGCGCGAUUCGCGGGACCGCCGGCUCACUCCGUGCCGGUGCCGGACUAUGGCUUUGAAGAGUUUAGUGAGGAAGCAUUGUGACAUGACCAAAAUAUAAGCAUCAGGGACAGCGGCGGCGGAGGUUGAUGUGGCAGAGUAGGGCUGGACAUCUCGACUCGCUCGUGUAUAAACUAAUAAGACGCCAUUUGAACCCCCUAGGACGCUUUCUAUUAAAUUCAAUAGACACAAGUAUGUGGCUUGCACCAUGGCCAAG